AUGGCUGCUCGGUGUCGGAGGCUUCUUGUUGCAAGACACGGGCGGAUCAAACCUUCCGUUGCCGACUUCAACUUCCUCAUAAAUGCAGCAUCACAAGAUGGUGACCCAUUUCAGUGUGAACUUUGGCUGCGAAGGAUGAUUUGGAGCAGAGCUGCUCCUGACAUCGUGAGCUACACCACCUUGAUCUCUGCCUUUGCCAGAGCAGGAGACCCGAAUCGUGCUGAGAAGUGGUUCAGCAGGAUGCAGCUGCGUGGCUUGCAGCCUUCCCUCAUUACUUUGAACUCCUUGCUGGAUGCCAGUGCCAAGCGCGGCAGGUUGCAAGCAGCCGAAUGGUGGUUUCAAUAUAUGGAAGACUCUGAUCUGCGACCGGACAGCAUCAGCUUUUGUGCGAUGCUCAACGCUUGUGCAAAAGCAAAGGAUGACACCCGUGCCAAGAUUUGGUUCCAGAAGAUGUGCGACAACAACUUCUCGCCAGAUUUGAUCGCCUACAACUCCUUUAUCUCUGCCUGUGCGGGCAAAGGGGAUGUGCCACAAGCGGAAGCCCUGCUAAGAGAGGCGGGAGCCCGGCGACUAUCGCCAAACCUGGUGACCUACAAUGCUGUGCUGCAUGCGGCAGCGAGGUCCUCCACACGUGAGGACUUGCAAAAGGCCAAAGAAUACCUGGGCCGACUUCAGAGCGCAAUUGGCCCGGAUAUCGUGAGCUUCAACUGCAUCCUUCACGCGUGCGCACGCCUCAGCCAGGUGGCUGAGGCUGAAAGGACUUUGCGCAGCUUGAAACAGUCGCUGCAGCCGAACCUGAUAAGCUUCAACGCCAUGAUCAGCGUGCACUGCAAGGCAGGUGAUAUUUCUGCAGCGACAUCUUGCCUAGACGAGUUGGAAGCGCGGCGCAUUCGCCCGGACACUGCCACCUUUACGCCCAUUCUGGCAGAGCUCUCGCGCAUCAGGGAUCAGCGGCGCAUCACCGCAAUCUUCCACCGGAUGCGUCAGGCCGGGUUGGCGCCAGACACCAGCUAUCCAAUCGCCGGCAGCGACUUCAAUAGCCUAAGAAGGCCACAGCGCGAGGCCGAGAAGAAAACGGGACUGUUUGGCUGGAUUUAA